AUGGCUGCGCAUACCGAGAGCGCGCAGCUGGCCAGUCGGCUCGAUGGACUGGUCAUGGUCAUCCCGGACCUACGCCGGAUGGUCAGCCACUGGCCGUCUGGGAAGAAUGUUCACGCCUCCGAGGUUGAGGGUUUGAUUUGCAAACUCCUUGAGCAAAGCGAUACGUCACCAAAAGACAAGGCCAACGUCCUGGAAGCGAAUCCGGCUCUCCUAGCCUCAUGCCUCUGGCCCAACGCAAAAAGAGAGAGACUCGGCACCCUGACGCUGAUGGUGCUCUGGCAAGGUAGACUCGAUGACUACAUCGAGAGCCUUGAGUAUAAGAGCGCGGAAAAGGCCAAGGAUUUCCGCAACAAGGCCAAGGACUAUAUUGCGCAGUAUCUUCAGCUUUCUGAGGGGCCCAAGAAGGCGUCGACGGACCCUGUCAUUACGGGGUUCCAGCCGGUUGCGAAAGUGAUUUGCCAGCAGUAUGAUCGAGAUCAGCGGAGGAGGUUGAGGGUCAGUUUGUUCGAGUACAUUGACUCGACAGUGCAAGAGAUGCGGUAUAUCCAGAACGGACACGCGCCGACGACGUUAUCGUAUGAGAAGCUUCGUAAGAAGACGGGCGGCGCUGGCCCUCUGUGUGCCUUGGCAGAGUUCGCAUCUGGAUCAGAGUGGCCGGCGCACGUCGUCAAUACGCAGCCGUAUAAGAUGGUCCAGGAGUCGGUCAGCGUCAUCAUCGGCCUAACGAAUGACUUGCUCUCGCUGAACAAGGAGUUGCGAAAAGGCCGUACUCUCAACGCGGUCCCGGUGCGGUACUGGAACGGGAAAGACGGUAGCGACCUGGAGAGUGUCGUCGGAGAAGUCGUCGAAGAGAUUGACAAGGCCAUCAGGCAGCUUGACGUCUGCGAGCGGAGGUUGAUCAACCUGAGCCAGGUGGAUGCGGAUGCGAUUCGGGAGGUCACUGCGACGCUCAAGACGAUUUGCACUGGCAACUUGACUUGGAGGUUUGUAGCUUGGCCCUUUCUUUCUACCGCUGGGCAUUGCUGA